UCGUCAUGAACAAAAUCUGUCAGAAUCGAUAAAUUUCAAUCAGAUUAAGGUUGAAAUAAGGUACAAAAGUCUUAGUAAUUUAGCACAAAAUGUUGUUAGAACAAUGCGAUUAGUUUUCAUGUGUCAUUGAUGAGCCAAAAUGAACUGAACUGUAGUGCAUAGUCACGAUUGUCUUGUUUUGAUGAAGAUUUUUUCUUGACGUUCGGUGCAUUUUUUAGCAUUAUUCAGUGCAUUCAUGCAUUGUUGGCUAUUUCAUUUGUGUGCUGUGUUGGCCGCGUCUACCUUUUGACUUUUCAUGAGCCCCAACAUCUGUGGGUACAUACCGGUAGGUUUAGGGGCUUUCUAGCUGUGCCUAAGGAUUGGAUCGUGAAGCGGAGCACGAAAUGGAGUAAAGCAUUUCCAUGACAUUUCCCUUGACUCCCUAGUACUUCUGAUGGCAGUGUUGGGUAUUCAUCUGCAUCACCAUCUGUCCUAAAAAUGGAGGACUACAGAAUUGAUAGAAGGUUACCAACCACCCCACAAUUUCCAUCCAAGUUCAGUGCACUCCCCAACAUCCAUGGGGUAUCGCCGCAGCCAAACCAAGAGAACCAGCUGGUGCCAUUUGGUCGGUCCGGGGUCCUGAAUGCCAGCACGGAAGGAAUGGAGGCAAAUGACCGGGUCAGACUCCUGGAAACCCGGAUAGGGGUCACGGAAAAGUCGAACCGUGCACUUUUAGAGGAGGUGGUUCGGUUACAAAGCGAACUGAAAUCUACUGCUCGUAGAAAUGAGGACGUUAUUCGGGAUGAACGAAUAGCCCGACAGGGUUUAGAGAACACUUUACGAUCCAGCACAGAUGCUUUAGCGGCGGUUACGGCACGUUUAAAGCGUACUGAGGAUCGUAUUCAAGAGGAGCGGACUCAUUUAAAUGAACUUAUGGGUCAGAGUAAGACUUUGGAGCAAUCUGUGAUAGGGGCUCAGCAGGAUGUGGCAAACAAGAGGGAUUAUCAGGCAGCGCGGAUCGAUGAAUUGAAAAGUGAACUAGAGGAAUCAAACCGUGCCAAAAACCAAUUAGAACGGCUCACAUUUCAGCUAAGUGAAGAUGUGAGAGCAUUGAAGAAUAAGUUUGAUAACCAGUCAUUCGAUUUUAGUCAAGUUACGCAAGAUUUGAAGUUAAGGUCACGAAAAAUAGAGGAAGAACAUCGGCAAACAGUUAAUGAUGUCCGGAGGCAUACUGAAUCUCAGAACCAAGUUGAUUUGACGACAAACCAGCUCAGAAUACAGAUAGAAUCAAAGUUGUCUGAGGUGCGUGAUGUCUUGAUUGACCUGAGAAACAAGCAGGAUGCUGAAACCCAGGAGAGGCGUAUGGGAGAACAACAAGGAACAAUAAGGGUGAAUGACCUCCAGGCGUCCCUUCUUGAACAAUCCAGGAAGCGUGAUGAAGCUAUCCAUGCUUUAGACACGAUGCACCGGGAGAAAGAGCACGCAGCGGAGACGGAACGACUCAAGUUACAGAAUCGCGUGGCGGAGAUGGUUGAAGACGUCAGCAAGAGAAUAUUACAGAAAGAUAUCAAACUCAGGGAAGAGACACAGGACAAGUUCUUGCAAAUUGAAAAGUCGUGGCACGAAGACCAGCUGAGGCGACAAGAAGUGGAGCGUGCAUUUAGAAAGGAGACCGAGCAGAAGUGGGAGACGCUGAAGAGAGCAGCAGAUGAGGAGAUAGUGAAUGUUAGAGAAGCACAGAAGAUUGACCGCAGCAAGUAUAACGAAACUCUGAGGAAGAUUGACGAAGCUGUGUCGUUACUUGAUCAACAGAUUGUGGAGACGAAGAAACAAAUGGAUAAAGUCAUCAUGGCUGAAAUCAAGUCAAGAAAACAACACGAGAGAGAUACGAGGGACCGAGUUGACCAUUUACAGGACAAGAUCGGAGUAGCAACUGCCACACUUCAAGAGGCCAUUGGUGGAGUCACGUCGCAACUAUCAACGUUAUCCGAGAAGGUUCGCCGUGACUUAAACAACAAGCUUGACGAACGCCAGGCCGCUGCUGUCCGCCAGCUUAACGACCUUGACACGCGUCUGCUCUCCCUCAGUGCCAAGCACGCUCAGAUUGAAGACAAACUUGAUCAAAGGGUAGCAGCGUUACAGGCCAGAGAUGCUGGCAUGGCUGAUGAUGAUGAUGUGGACCCUGAGGCGUCUGCUGCACUCUCUGAAAACAUGCGAGAGAAACUCACUUCAGUAAUCCAGUGGCAAGAACUAACACGUCAAAACAUAAAGGAGCUUCAGAGAUUGCAGACGACUUUACCAACAGAUAUAUUUGAAUUGAACGAAAAGCUGGCAUUGCUCAAGAAUGAUACAUCCGCAAGGAUACAGGGCGAGAUUGAAAAUAGGGUGCAUGAUGUGGAGGCGGUGAGACGAGAAUUUGAGAAGAUGGCCGCCAAGGAUAAAGACAAGGAAGCGUCGCCGACAAUGAAAGAUAUUGAUAAUGAACCACCAUCUCAGUCAGAGCUAGAAGAGGUCCAGGGGAGCAUAAGGAAACUAGCUGAGUCGAUUCAGACUGUGAAAACAGUCCUUGGAAUGAAGAUACAGUCUGAGCAGAAAUUGCGUAAUGAAGAGGUAAAAACACUAGAGGAAGACCUACAGGAAAUACGUGACUUGAUUGAUCCGCUUUUAAAGAAUGGCUCAAACACACGACUCUUUAUAAAACCGGAUGGGGAUAUGCCGCGGCAUCAGGCAGAGGCUGGCGCACCUGAAAUCAACAAGUGGGGCCUAUACAGUGCAGUCAGAUGGUGGCACUGGAAAUCAAAACUCUCGUCUCUACUGGAGAAAGAAGACAACAAGAAAGUACCUGACUCUGAUGAAGACGAGGAUAGCGACGAUGAACCCCCAGCUCCCAAGAAAGAUGGCGCUAACGAUGACGAUAAGGAUGACGCUAAGGAUGAUGCUAAGGAUGACGUUAAAGAUAACGCAAAGGAUGACGCUAAGAAUGAUGAUGAUAACGCUAAGGGUGAUGAUGGAAAGAAGGAUGAUAAGGGUGAUAUCAAGGAUAAGAAAGUAGAUGGAGAACAGUAAUGCAUAGCCCUUGGAGCAGGGCCGUCAUCAGGGUCGGGGGAGGGGGCUAGCUAGGUAACGCGACAUCUGGUUUAGAUGGUCUUCAGGAUUUCCGGUAUAUUGUAGUCUGGUGAGGUUCAGAUUCACAACCUAUACGGAUACGCAUACCCAUGAAGAAUCGAAAACAUCUGCAUUUGAAGCCACUCUAGGCCUACUAGUUAUCACCAACUUCAAUUUGUUAGUUCUAAAGGGUGUGUUUGGUGGUUUCGACGACAGCUUUCAGGAGUAAGAGGAGAGAGUGCCUUAGAAGGGAAUAUUCAGGCUUUAUCUGAUGAUGCACUAUGUAUAAAAACACUGUCUUUCAAUAUUUCACUUUAACAUUUGUUGUAAGGUUAAGAGCGUCUGUCCGACGAGGUGACAUCUUGUCACUUAAAAGGAUCAGCCUUGUUGUCCGGUAGACAAGGUUGUGACAUUGUCAUCAGCAGUGUGCGCUGGUUUAUCCUUUGAGAGACAAGGUUGCUAUAUUGUACAGGGACUGAUAAGAUUCAGUGCUGUAAAAUCCCAUGCGCUAGCGCGUCAUACCAGUACGCAUCUAUCUACACUCCGGACGCAGUGGACCAGCCUCGUCCCUCGCCCUGUGAAUAGGAAUAGGCCCAUACCACUGCGUCGGGACUGCAUAGGGCCAGGAUUGGGCGUAAGCAAUUAAGUUUUGUAUAGACCGACUUUGUCUACAGUUUCAUUGUACAACAUAAUUCUUCAUUCGUGCCAUAGUUCGAGCAUUAAAAGCAAUUUACUUUUAAACCAGGCUCUAAAUCACACUGCCGUGAUACCAUAGCAGCUUUUGCACCACAUUUCCGUCCAAAUUGAAAAAAUGUCGAGUUAUGUUUAAUGAUGUAUAGAUGUACCCAUCAAUAUCGGGAGAAUACAUUAAAUUCCAUUUGUUA